CACAGUCGAGCUGUGAGCGUUGCCGACGGCGGAUUAGACCAUCUCACAUUUUCUCUCUUUCUCUGCUCGUUCGUUUUUGUUUUUUUUUGUGUUCUUCUUCUUCUUCCUAUACACAAGGCUACCUAUAUAGACGUGGUGGAGGGAACAAACCUUUCAAGAAAAAAAAAAAGAAAAGAAAACGGUGAAGAAGAAAGAAAAAGAGUUUUUACCUACACACGGAGCGCAGUAGUUGUUCAGUCGUUGCUCCGGUCUCGAACUAGAAGGACAUAUACGCAACAGUGGCCAAAAAAACAACAUAUAUAUAUACAUAUAUAUAUACACUCUGUACAACAACAACAACUUCCCCCCGUCAAAGUCAAAGAAAAGAGAGAACGAAACUCGAAAUUGUUUUGACCGCUGAUGACGGUUGAUUUUUCACGCGGGAAAAGUGCUGUUGUGUCCAAGUGAUUGACUUUGAAUAACUCGUGUGACUUGUGCGACUUCUUGUUGGUGAAGCAAACAAGAAAUGUACAAGGGAAUGAACCAAACGGCGGCCCAGCAUCUGCUGUCCAGCAUGUUGCCAUACGAUUCAAUGGGAGGUAUGGGCCUGUACGAGCAAACUAAGCCCAGUUUGAUGUACAGAGUCCCGCGAGUCAUUCCCGAUCAGAAGGGCCGCUUCGAAUCCGACGAGCUCUUCCGUCGGCUCAGCCGCGAAUCCGAGGUGAGGUACGUCGGAUUUCGAGAUCGACCGAUGGAGGAACGCCAAAUGAGAUUCGCUGCCGGAUGUCGGGAAGGACACGCUGAAAUCGCGAUUGUGGCGACAGGCACCAACUUCCAGUUAGUCUUCGGUCCAGGCACGUGGGGUUUCAGCAGCGACGCCAACCGCGAUUGCGAUUUCGACAAGGAACCGGGCAAGGUUCACAUCAAGUCACGUUUCAUUUUGAAUGGCGUUUGCGCUAAAUGGCGAGGCUGGAUCGACCUGGAUCGUCUCGACGGUGUCGGUUGUGUCGAAUUCGACGAAGAAGCAGCUCGGAUUGAAGAUGUUUACCGACGGGAACAAGUGGAGCGUUUCAAUCAGCGCUUGCGCGAGUUUGAAGAGGACCAACGGGCCUAUCGCAAUCAUCACGUUGCUGCAGCCGUCGAACGCCAAUCGCAAUCCGAACACAAUCCCGACCUUGUCGAUGCGCGCAAGAAGAUGGAUCUAUCGGCUGGCCACGCCCCUCAUUGAGUACAUUAGCACACCAUCGGAGUAUUUCACAAACCAGAACUUCUGUCUGCGGCCCAUUUUUUCUGUUUUUUUUUUUUUUAAUGAAAAUUAUUUUGUCUUUCCACACCAAUCGUCUCAACCAAUCAACAGUUACGUUUCAGUGUCUAUUAUAACAGGUUGAAUAUUCGGCUUGUUUUUAUUCGCUAUACGAUCGAGAAACUAUUUUUUCUUUGGUGUUUUCAUUGCAUGAUAAUGAUAUAUCGUAUAUACGCAAGCGAUUCGGACCGCUAGUCAGGUCACACUUGAAUUAUGUUUCACACGCACGAUGAUGUUUUGCGUGUGGGUUUCUCUCUCUCUUUCUCUCUCCAGUCUGAAUUUUAUAUAUUUUUCUUCUGGAAUUUUCCUUUGUCCAAACAAAAUGAGAUCGUGUGUGUGUGUGUAGAACGUGUUUUUUUUUUUUCAUUUGAUUCUCAAUUGGGAUCUGAAAUUCGUUUUUUUUCCCCCCUAUUUAAAUUUUGAAAUAGAAUGAAAAUUUCAAACGAGAUCGAGUUAGAAUACAGUUGAAAAAAAUCGAUAUAAUUUUUUUUAUACAUAAACAGAAACAGUUUUGAUUUAAUAAAAAAAAUUCGGCUUUGAAAUUUUGCGUGUGAAUUUUCUCGAAUUCAAAGCAAAAAUUGGAUAAAUUUAGACACACAUUAUCAGUAAACUAUAAUAAUGAAUUUAAUAUUAUUUUUUUGUUUAAAUUCGGCUUUUUGUGUGAAAACAAAAACAACAAAACACAGGCGUUAAAGUUCCUCUCAUCCUUUUUUUGUUUUUCAUCCGGAGUGUAGAAAAUAAUCAAAGAUGAACCCCUUCCCCCUCAAAAGAAAAAAAACUCCUCCUCCAUCGUUCACCAUCAUUUAGACCACCUCAACAACGUUAUUAUCUAUACUGUCCCAUAUGUAUUUACACACACCCACAAAUAAUUGUUUUUCUUUGUGUCCUUUCAUCCACAUUUUGUUAGUUUUCUUCCAUUUCUUUCGUUGUUGUUGUUUCCAGCACGACGUAUCGAUUGUUCCCAACAGAAAGUUCGAGACACACCCGUCAUAUUUUGCAUAAUGAAAUGCACGCACGAUGGGACGGUUGCGUCGUGUCCAAUCAUCGGUUAAUUUUUGCAAUUUAGCAAUCCCGUUCGUGCGUGUAACCGAUUUUUUGUUGUUGUUGCCGUGCGUCUUGUUGUACAGUUGUAGGUGCGUGUGUGUUUUACGUGUGCGUGUAUGUGUCCACAUCCAAAUAUACCGUAUAUCAUAUACAAAA